AUGCACGUGAUCCUGGCGGACGAGCUGAGCUGCGCGGCCGCAGCCUACCGGAACAAGCAGCACCAAGGCGAAGAGGCGGAGCUGUGUGCGUGGAAGGGCGCGCUGAGGCGGAGCUUCGCGCUGGCGGACGAGCUGGGGGUGUCGGGGGUGCCGGCGGGCACCAUCAUGGGGUCCACGGCGGUGGUGGCGCUCGUGGUCCGCGGCCGCAUCCUCGUGGCCAACUGCGGCGACUCCCGCGCCGUGCUGUGCCGCGCUGGCCGCGCCGUCCCGCUCUCCCAGGACAACAAGCUGGCACGGCCGGACGAGCUGGCGGCCGCCGGCGGCGUGAUGUACCACUACGAUGUGGUGCCGCGCGUGCAGGGGUUCCUUAGCAGGUCGCGAGCAUUAGGGCACACAGUCCCCAAUCCUAAAAUGACAUGUGAGCCUGAUAUUACCAUAACCGCAAGGUCGGACGACGACGACUGCCUGAUCCUCGCGAGUAACGGGCUGUGGGAUGUGAUCUCAAACCAGAAGGCAUGCAACAUCGCUAAGAAGUGCCUGCAAGACAAGAGCAAGGGUGCGAAUGCACCGGUAGGAAAGGAGGAAGAGGUUCAGUGUGUCUGUGCUGCUAUCCGCCUAACAAAUCUUGCCAUCAAUGAGCAUAGCCUCGAUGACAUCAGUGUGGUCGUGCUUGAUCUGAAGGUGAGGGGUUAGCUAGGUUGAUCAGAUUAAAUCAGAUCGUCAUCAUCUCCUUUGCAGCUUAGACUUGAUAGAUAGUUUAGCUCUCUGCAUUCUUAGCAAAGCAAAACCUCCGAGAUAUUUUCUUAUUGGAUUCUUAAUUCCCUAGCUAGUUCUUCUAAAGUUGGUUGGUCUUAUGUUUGGUGAAAAAAUAUGCAGCACAACUAGUAAUAUG